CACCCAGCUCCAUCCAGCUUCAUCCAGCUUCAUCCAGCUUCAUCCAGCUCCAUCCAGACUCCAGCCUGAAGCAUGAAGACACUACUGAUCCUCACACUCCUGACUCUUGACUGCUUCCUGCUUUUUCGUCAUGUUGCUGCCGCUUCAUUUGCUAUGGACGAGUUGAGUAGAAGCAGCUGCUGUCCAGAGGAUAUCAAACCAGUAAUCAUCCCCAAGCGCAUGGUGCAGCGUGUAGAGAUGAGCCCAGACCACUGCAAAACCAAAGCCAUGAUAGUCACAACUAAGAAGAAUGUUGUCAUCUGCGUUGAUCCUGAAUCAAAGUUUGCACAGAAGCAUCUGAAAGACUUCCUGAAAUCAACUCCACCACCCAACUCCACCACCUCCAGCUCCACCACAUCCAGCUCCACCACCUCCAGCUCCAAGAAGAAUUAAUGAAUGAAUGAAUCCGUCAUC